GUACAAUCUGUGUUUAUGCUUUUUCAUACGUUUUAUGGGGGGGAUUAAGGGGAAUCCCGAUUAGAUUAUGUAAUCGAUUAUGUCGCGUAUAUUUGGAUUCAGUCUGUCACUGACUGUCCGUCGCCGUCAUUCGACGUCACUGACUGUCCGUCGCCGUCAUUCGACGUCACUGAAAGGCGACGCGCUGUUCAGUGUUUACCUUCGGGUUGCAGAAGCAGCGUUUACUUACGCACAUCUUCCCAUUGUUUAUGUUUUUUUUUUAGGAAAUCAUUUCAUGCACAAGCAACUGGAUCUUUCCCUAAGGUCCUACAGUCUGUCUGUUCCAAGCUUUCCUGUCCACCAUGGCAAGUUCGAUGGUGAAAUUUACCUGGUGUUCUUGCCGCAACUAUAAAAUCCAGUCCAAAGACACGCACGAAAAGUGUUUAAUCUGCCUGGGAAUCCAACACGCCAAAGAGGCCAUCCUGGAGUAUGGAAAAUGUCCGCACUGUGCCAAGAUGGACUGGAGUACUUGUAUCAAGCGUCUCACCAAGGUGCAGGAGGUGAUCUAUCAGGAGGCCCAGCAACGGAAAAAUGAGGCGUCUCAGACCGGAAUUCAGCCUAAAUUUGAACCGGUGGUGUCGUCUGCUACGGUUAAAGGUGCUAAAUCUGUGAAAGUGGUGUCUGCUACACCUACUGUAUCACAGACUGAAAAUGCUGCUCCUGCGCCGUCUUUCUCCACUGCACCGGUCAUGUUCACCCUUCUCUCGCCGUCUUUGGACGUACCUGACCCAAACGCUGCAACGGUAAAUGGUGCAUACGUAUCACGUGUAGGCUUGCAGCAUAAGCUAGACUCGGCUCCGUCUGCAGCGCCUACAUCGAUGCCUUCGACCUCACACAAGAGACGCCGUUCGUCUAGGUGUCACCCAUGCUGCAUGAAGCACUCGAGCAGGGGCUGUGGACGGAGACGGAAACACUCCCCCUCCUCGCGUUCCUCCUCGCACACGUCCUGGAGCUCCGAAUCCUCCUGCGAAUCUGUUAGGGAGAAGAGGGCACGACGGGGAAAGAGGAAUUAUGCAAACAUCAACAGGCAGAGUGACCAGCUGCUUAUGAUGGUGCAGCAGAAACUGGAAGCCCAACAGAGAGCCAUGCAGGUACAGUGGAGCGUGAUGGAAAGAAGGCUCGACGUCUUGGAGAAGAGGAGUUCAACCGAUGUUCCAAAUUCAGCAGAAACCUCCAACGUGUUCACCACAUCCCAAGUGGAUCAGGGACAACAGACAGGUACCUCUUCUGGAUCUGUUCCCCUUUUGAAUGCGGUAAAACAAGAAGACGGGCCAGUAGAUAUCUCGCAUGCUUUAAAUUCCAGUUUACCGCUGCGAGUCAGUUCAAUGCAAGAGGUUCUCACGUCUGAAGAGCUGCAGAAUCUCAUAGUACGCGCAGCCAAACGCUUGGGUAUCGAUUUUCCCCAAUCCCAAAACGACUCACUACAUCCAAUUAUGGUGCCAGAAUUUGAGGACUUGGUCCAAAGUACGUGGUCCAACCCAGCGAGCUCACAACCCUUCAGGCCAGUGUUCUCUGAGUUGUACAAGCUUCACGAAAGCCAGGCUCCACCUUAUGAUCAUAUGCCCGAAGUCAACAAGCUGAUGUCGGCCAUCUUCCAAGCCGUCAUGCCUACAAGAAACAGAGAACAGCCCGUCCCUCCUGGACACUGGAGGUUCACUGACGCGCUUGCAGAAAACUCGUAUCAAACCGCCGGCAUGCUAGCAAAGACGGCUAACUAUUUGCGUUACUUGUCGGAUUACCAGAAGGGCCUUUUGGCAGAGAUUUCCGAAAACCCGACUUCUCAAACACUCACAGAUGUUCUAAGUGAGCUUAAGCUCAUCGGAGAGUUCACUUUUCAGCUCUCCUCACACCAGGCAGAACUUUCUGGAAGGAUCAUGGCAGCAUCUGUGGCCGUUAAACGACAGAUAUCGAUGGCCAAUACCAACUACACAGAUUCGCUAAAAGCUACGUUUGCAGAUCUUCCGUUUGCCGUCGAGACUCGAAAAUAGAAGCUUGAAAAUGAUCCGUUUCUGUUGUUUAUGAGCAGCGUGCUCGGUGACUACUUUUGCGUUUAAUGUGUACUUUUUGAAGUCUCCCAAUUUAUCCCAAUUUUAUAAUAUGUCAUCCAUUUUAUGUAGCCUUUGCGCAACGGUUAAGAAAUUGGUGCUUGUCUCUAUUGGCUUAAUUCCUUUUUUUUUUCUUUCCCUUUUUCUUUUAAAGGUGUAGCUCCAUUAUUGUAUAUAAAAAGUCUACACACCCCUGUUAAAACAUGCAAAGAUGCCUUCAAAAUAAUGAAAUGAAAUGUUUGUACAUGUCAGUAAACAGUAGGAAAUGAAACAAAGUCACUAUUUGGUGCGGCAAAAAAAUAAAAAUAGUAGUCUCCAGUACAAUUAGUGCAGUUUUAUAAGGAACUGAGCUGUAAGUGUUUUUGAGCAUCUUGCAGAACCAGACACGGUUCUUCUGGGGACUUUGACCGUCGCACUCGCUUCUUAUUUUUGCAGCGAAACCCAGCAGCCUUCAUUGUGUUUUUUCACAUUGUGAAAGGUGUCUCUUACUACUUAAUGUCCUGCUUUCUUUACUGACAUACAAACAUUUUUCAGUCACAUUUAAUUUUGUGCUGGAUAACUAAUGUUUGGGAAUCUAAAAUGUUUUUGUACCGACCCGAUAAAGUGUAGAAGUCAUAAAAUUAAAAAAAUCUAUAACUAAAAAGUUUGUACUAAAUUUUUUUUUUUUUUUUUUUAAAUAGGGUGGCUAAGACUUUUGGACAGGGCUGUAGUAACCAACAACAUGAAAAACAAAAAUAGAACCAGGUGGACGGGACGACUUACAUUAACCUGGUUGUAUAAGUCUGCACAUCCCUUAACUAAUCAUUUGUUGAAGCACCUUUUGCUUGUAAUGCAACACUCAGUCUUUUUGGGUAAGAAUCUACCAGGUUAUCACAACUUGAUUUGGCAAUUUUAUUCCAAAAAAAAAAAAAGCUUCAGAUUUAUCAAAUUGCGUGGGGCGUUCCUGUGUACAGCCCUCUUCAAAUUAUUCCACAGGAACAGAAUAGAAUUUGGAUAGAAUUUUGGCCUGGACUCUGAUUGGGGCAUUCCAAAACUUGAUCUUCUUCUGAAGCGAUUUCUUUGUUAUUGUACUGGAGGUGAAAUUUUUCUUCAUCUUCAGCUGUUUAAUGGAGGCCUGCAGGUUUUGUGCCAAAUAUAUCACAAUAAAGGUGGAAAAAGACCUGAUAUGAUUUAUCUUAAUAUAAGGAAGCUGGGGUCAGAGUGCAGGGUCAGCCAUGAUACAGCGCCCCCUGGAGCAGAGAGGGUUAAGGGCCUUGCUCAAGGGCCCAACAGUGGCAGCUUGGCAGUGCUGCGACUUGAACCCCAACCCCUCCCAUCAGUACCCCAGAGCCUUAACCACCAAGCCACCACUGCCCCUACUAGGUGUUAAAGUUGUCCCUGCAUUAAAUUUUGUUCAUAUUUUUUCUUCUGUAUGCCCUGGUAAUUCAGUGAGCCUUCCUGUAUCUUCAUCUUAGUCAAUACUCUUACUCACGUUCAUGUAAAUAUGCUUCAACGUGUUGAAUAAAUUGUAUUUCUGGGUUGUGCCAGUC